AUGAAAUAUGACUUCCCAGCCCCUGAAGUCACGGAGAUAGAAGAUGAAUUUCUUUCUUUCACCGUGCUCCAAGACAUCAAGUCCAAGACGCCACGUCCAAAGACACCACGUCCAACAGACAUCAAAUCCAAAGACGUCAAGUCCAACAGACACCAAGUCCAAAGACACCAAGUCCAACAGACACCAAGUCCAAAGACGUCAAGUUCAACAUACACCAAGUCCGACAGACGCCAAGUCCAAAGACACCAAGUCCAACAUACACCAAAUCCAACCGACACCACGUCCAAAGACGUGAAGUCCAACAGACACCAAGUCCAAAGACGUCAAGUCCCACAGACACCAAGUCCAAAGACGUCAAGUUCAACAGACACCAAGUCCAACAGACACCAAGUCCCACAGACACCAAAUCCGACAGGCGCCAAGUCCAAAGAUACCAAGUCCAACAGAUCAAAUCCAGCCGACACCAAGUCCGACAGACACCACGUCCAACAGACCCCAAGUCCGAAGACACCAAGUACCAUAGACACCAAGUCCGACAGACACCAAGUCCAACAUACGCCAAGUCCAACCGACGCCAAGUCCAACAGACACCAAGUCCAUUACAACAGUAAACUAAGCAAUUUUGGGAGACCUGAUAUGACACCAG